AAUCACUGAUAAACUUUUUAAACAAAUAUGUCAAGAAUAGCCUAUCCAGUAGGUGACAGAUUUGUUGAAGACUUAGUGGCUCCCUGUACAUCACCUGCUUCUCCCUUACCGCCCGAAAUACAUAUCGAUCUAAAAGCUUUAAAUUUAAAGAUAGAUACGAAAGAAGAUAAGAAAGGAUCAAUUAGUUGGUCAAGGGAAUUAACAAAUCCAAGAGAACUAUAUAAGAUACCAGUUCCUAGUAAAUUCUUCGUUAAACUGCCAUCUAUUAAGAAUGGAAAGCAAUAUUUUAAACCUAAUGAAACUUGGAAGGAAUUAGCUGAAAUUGGAGCAAAGAAAGAAGUUAAUUUACUUAAUAUUCCUGAUAAAUUACCAUCUCCUAUUGAAUCUUCGAUAAGAUUGUCGAGUCCAGUUGCUACAAUUAAAAAGACGACUAAACAAAUGCAACUUAGACAAAUCGAUAUGAAUAUAUCAAUUACACCAAGAGAGGUUCUUCAGCGUCGUCAUCACGUUCGACAAGUACAAGAAAAAUUGCAAAAUAUUCUGCACCAAACUAAACACUCGAAUAAGAGACGUGCGAAGAAAGUAGGCCUAAGGGAUGAAUUCUUCCGGCAAAAGUCUAUUUUAGGUUUAAAUUUAUGCUGCCCGAACAAUUUACAAAUUGAUAUGAAGAGGUCGAAAACAGGCUUGAUACCAAUACAUAAUAAGCUUAUUGCAAUGGAGACUAAAUCUGUAGAGAAAUCGAAUACAUCUGAAAUGAAUGAUUUAGCUAUUAUUUCUAGCCGUUGGCCUCAAGCUAGAGAAGAAAAACGGAAUAGUCUAACAACAGCUAAUAUAGAAAAGCCAUUGAAAUCUAGUGCAACUGCAACACCGAAAGUUUUUAAUAUACUAUAUAUCAACAAAACAAAGCAGAAAGCUGUUCGAGAAUAAAUAAUUUCAUUAAUAAAGUACUAUCAAAUUGAAAAAUUCCACUG